CUCGUUAUCUUCAUUCUCUCUCAGCUAACCCUGUCCAUGUUACUUUCUGAUCAUGUCUUGUCUUAAAAAAAAGGUGAUACAACAAUGAAUAUGAUCAGACUACUUUGAAAAUGUUUUGAUAUUUUCUUUCUCCCUAUUUCAUCCCUUCUCUCCUUCCUCUAUCUCCCUCACCCUCUUCUCACUCACUCUAUCUUUAUCUUCCUUCUUCUCAUCAUCUCACUCUUAUCAUCUUACCCGGUAAACAAUUAGCUUAACAUAUAUUUUUUUUCAUUUCAUAAUUUGUCACUCCUAGUCACAGUUACAUGGUAGUUCAACUCUGAGUAACUCCAAGUCCGUUGUCUUUCCUAACAAAACAAAACAUCAAAACUUUACAUUGAAAGCCUUUCAUAACAUCCCAUCAACCAUCAACAUUACCAUCAACAUCACAUCAUCACCUCAUUUCAUAAUCUUACACAUUUCCAGUGUCAUAAUUGUCUUCACUUUCACAACAAAAAUAUUUUCCCUCAUAUUCACCAUCAACACUGGAUUUAAACUGUUACCAACUUGAAGACUGUUUAACCCAAAAAACCAGGAGGAAACUAACAUGCAUCUGUUCACAAUUAAUUGAUUAACCAAACCAAAUUAAGAGGCAAAACAGUGCAAACGUUUACCAAUUUGACAGUGAUUUCAUCUUGUUGUACCAACAUUUAAUCACAAUGAUUAUUUAAUGAGCUAAAACUGUUGAAGAGUCGCAACCAAAACAAAUGUAAUAGUUGAAUAAUUAUCAAUUAAUCAACAGUGUUCUCACGUUUUACAUGCUCAAUCUUUACUCAUCAAUGAAUCUUCAAUAACAUCAUCAUCUCCAUCUUCAUCAUAAUCACAAUCAAAGCUCCAUCAGAUGACCAUAAUCACAAUGAUCAGCCAAAUUGUUGGUUCAAAUAAACUUCUAAUUGAAUUAGCUGUACAUCAAGAGUAAUCAUUACCUGAUUUCUUGUGUUUCAAGUUUGUCAUCUUUACAUUGCAAUUGAAUUACAAUUAAAGGCAAAGAUGAAAGGUUAAUCAAUAUAGAUUAUUGUUUAAGCAAAACUACUGCAACUUCAAAUCAAGUUGAAGAAAAGGAAUAAGAUGAAGCCAAGUGUGAAACGCAAAUGAAGACAAAAGCUGCUGCUGAUCAACAUUCAUCAUUAUCAUCAUCUUAAUUGGUCAGCCAUUGAUUAUUCCGUUGACUGUCCAUUCUAUCCUGAAAUCAUCAUUAUCGCAACCUGAAUCGCUUCAAUGUUUAACUUGUUCAACUGUUCAACAGUAAAGCCAAAAGCAAAAAAUAUGAUCAGUUACCAAGUAACUAAUCAAGUAACUCUAAUCAUCAUUGCCAUUGUAUUUAUAUUGUCAACCGGAAAUAAUGUUAUUGUAGUUCAAUCAACAGACAAAAUAUCACUUCAUGGUGACAUACUUCUUGGUGGAAUCUUUCCCAUUCAUCAAAAAGGGACCAAAGCUGGUAACUCGGGAAGUAAUUAUCAUUCAGCUUGUGGAGGACUCAACAUGGACCGUGGUGUACAAAGGGUGGAAGCCAUGUUAUUUGCCAUAGACAAGAUUAAUAAUGAUUCAAGUUUAUUACCAAAUAUUAAAAUGGGAGCCAUCAUUUUGGAUACUUGUUCAAGUGAUUCGUAUGCACUCAAUCAAUCACUUGAAUUUAUACGAGCCUCGAUAAACACUGCCUUUGAGGCUUCAGCCUUUGAAUGCAAGGACGGGAUUCCACCAAGACCAAAGUACGGUAUGAAGACAAUAUAUGGUGUUGUUGGAGGUUCAUAUAGUGAAGUUUCCCUUCAAGUUGCCAAUCUUCUUAGACUUUUUCGUAUACCUCAGAUAUCUUAUGCAUCCACAUCAACUGCCCUCUCUGACAAGAAGAGGUAUGAAUUUUUUGCACGAACUGUUCCGCCAGACAAAUACCAGGCUAGAGCAUUAGUUGAUUUCAUCGAGCAUUUCAACUGGACAUAUGUGAGCCUGAUAAGCUCGGAGGGACAGUACGGUGAGUCUGGAAGCAGUGCCUUUCGAACCCAUGCUCGAAUGAGAAACAUUUGUUUUGCUAUACAAGAAAAGGUUGUCCAAUCUGCCAAUGAUACGGAAUAUGAUCGAAUCAUUGAGAGUCUUAAGCGCAAGUCGACUGCUCGAGCAGUGGUUCUCUUCCUUCGAAUGGAGGAUGCCAAGGGUCUCUUGAAAGCAGCUAAACGUGCCAAUGUGACCAACAGUUUUACCUGGGUUGCUGCUGAUGGCUGGGGUAAGGAGAUGAAGGUUGUUCAGGGUGUUGAAGAUGUUGCUCUUGGAGCCAUUACUGUUGAAUUAUCAUCCACUGUGAUACGUGAGUUUGACGACUAUCUGUUGAAGUUAAAUGUUAAAAAUAACCGUCGUAAUCCGUGGUUUAAAGAGUUUUGGCAAGAAACUUUUAAAUGUGACCUUGCACCCCGAUCCUUAUUGACAUCCAUGUCUUCUUAUAAAGCAAGAGAAACUGAUAAUGAAUAUACUGCUUGCUCACCUCAUUUAAGCUUACGUGAUGUAACAGAUUAUCGUCAAGAGUCGAAGGUUCAAUUUGUCAUUGACGCUGUCUAUGCUUUUGCUCAUGCAAUUCACAAUGCAUGGUUAACAUUGUGCUCAGGUAAAGGAACCAUUUGUCCUGAACUCAGGGAACUGGAUCCAGAAGUUUUCUACAAACAUUAUCUUCUCAAUGUGGCAUUUACAGAUUUGGAAGGCUCUGAGGUUAGAUUUGAUGAAUGCGGUGAUGGACUUGGACGUUAUAAUAUAUUCAAUUUUCAAAGUUUGGAUUCCAAUUCAAGUACAUAUGGAUACGUUCGGGUGGGCCAAUGGCGAGAUAAUGAGCUAAACAUUAAAGAGAAUACAAUUAUCUGGGAUUCCUUUAGUUCUCAAGAAAUACCUACUUCAGUUUGCUCUGAGCCCUGUAAAGUAGGCGAGAUUAAAAAAGGUGGUGAUCUCUCUUGUUGUUGGAUUUGCCAAGAAUGUAAACCAUGGGAGAUAGCGGUCAAUGAAACUUCAUGUGUUCCCUGUGAUGUGGGAAUGUGGCCAUUCCCCAAUAAAUCGAGUUGCUUCGAACUACCUCUUAAAUAUAUUCGUUGGUACCAACCUUAUGCAUUUAUACCCAUGUCCAUUGCCAUUAUUGGGAUUAUCACGGUUCUUUAUCAUUUCACUAUUUUUAUUCAACACGUAAAUACUCCCAUUGUUAAAGCUUCAGGACGUGAACUGUGUUACGUUUUAUUGGCUGGAAUCGCCUCUUGUUACGUUAUGGCUUUCAUAAUACUCACCAAACCAACUUAUGCUACUUGCCUUAUUCAAAGGCUCGGGAUCGGUGUCUGCAUAUCAAUGAUCUAUGGAGCAAUAUUGACCAAAACCAAUAGAAUAUCUCGUAUCUUUCAUAGUGCCCGACGAUCAGCUCGUCGACCUACAUAUAUCAGUCCAGUUUCUCAACUUUGUAUAACUGGUAUAAUUGUUUUCAUUCAGAUUUGUUUAAAUAUUUUAUGGUGUAUUGUUGAAGUACCUGGAGUAAGACAUGAAGUAUCAGAGAAACGUGAUGUAGUGGUAUUAAAAUGUGCUGUAACCAAAAAUAGUGUCCUCGUUAGCCUUAUUUAUGGUUUUGUUCUGGUUGCUACAUCAACCUAUUAUGCCUUCAAGACCAGAAAAAUACCAGAAAAUUUUAAUGAAACCAAAUUCAUUGUUUUUACCAUGUAUGCCACUUGUAUUAUAUGGAUAGCCUUUCUUGCCAUCUAUCUUUCAACUGAAAAUAAUUUUGAGAUUCAAUUGACAACAUUAGCAAUGUCACUAACAUUAAGUGGUUAUGUUUGUUUGAUUUGUUUAUUUUCACCCAAAAUUUACAUUAUACUUCGACAUCCAGAUAAAAAUGUCCGCAAGUUAACAAUGAAUAGUGGGACUUACAAGAAAGGACCCUCAGGAUCAGGUUAUCCUCAAGAGACUCCACCACCUUAUUCACCAGGACCAUCAAAUUCAGCACCUAAUCGAAGCUUGCCUCCAACCUCGUAUGGAGCUUGCAAUGAUCAGCCAAGCUUUUCAUCUUCUGGUGGAGUGGUCAAGAAUCGUGGUAAAGGUAAAAAGAAACGGUCAAGUUUAACUGGUCUCGAUGAUAAAGGGAUUCUUAUUAAAGAUGAUAGUCAAGCUCUUCCAUUGACUGAGAUUAAACGAGAUAAUGGUAAACCAAAUGGUGACGACGAGGAUGCUGCAAGUGACGAAGAGGAAGAUGAAGAGGAAGAUGCCAAAGAUGAUAGUUCAGCUGUAUUGUAAAUAACAAACGGAAUAGCAAUAUUAAAGAGUAACAAGCAAUAUUCACUCAACAAGCGACCAUUUUAAUUCAUCAAACUGAAUCUCAAGUCAACCUUGCGUUAAAUAACAAUAGCAAGAGUUACAUCAAUAUCACCACAAUAAUAAUAGUAAUAAUCAUCAUCUUUAACCAUCUCUCAUCUGCCUCUUCCAGAUCUGUUUUUGCUUUUGAUAAGCCAACCUUACUCUCUCUCUCUUUCUCCCCUUUCGAUUCAAUUUUUAUCAUUAACCUGAUCAUCCAAUGUCAGACCAAGUACUUUUAUCAAUUACAUCUAUUCUUAAAGAUGUCUAUGUAUCUGUAUUUUUGCCAUUUCCUUUCUUUAUUCUCUUUUCUCUUGUUGAUCUAUCAUCAACAAUUCAAUUAUUUAAUUAUGCCAAGACAAUAAUGGUGAGAGAGAAGUAAUCAUCAAUGACGACCAGAAUCAACGUUUUCAUCCGCUUUCGCAUGGAGUGAACAACAUUGCCCACGGCGUCUGUGGAUUAAACACCCAAACCAACAUUUUCAUCAUCACCAACCUAAUUACCAAAAUCAUCAACGUCAUGGACAUCAUCAAACCUUUUCAUAAUUAACAUGCAUAUCGUUAUCAAAACAUUCCCAACUCAAAGAUUAUUCAACCCCAAAAAAGGAUAAUUAACUUAUCAUUCUCAUAAUCACACCAGAAGCAGCAAAAGUAUCAUUCACUUCACCAAUAUUUCCUUAAUCUAAGCACAAAUUGAAACCGGAAUCUACAAUUUUGCUGUUGAAACAGCAAUCAAUGUCUAAAUCAAUCAAAAAUAUAAAAAAAACAACUCAACUCAAGUUCGAGUUUUUGUUGAGUUUGUGAAUCACAAAUAACAAAAACGCUUUUUUAUCAACUCAAUUAAUAUUAGACAUUUUUUGAUUUAA